ACUAUAUUAACCACAUGAUGGGAUUUCCGGUUCAACGUAAAGUUACUUCCUGUUUUAAUCAUUAUUGGCUGUGAGGAUGAACUGCAAAUCGGCGAAAUACAUGGUUGGUAGACACAUCCUUUGAUCAAGGCGGUCAUGUUGAUACAGCCACGUUGAAGCGUCUACAACUUUAUACAACAGCCGCGGCAACAAAUACAAUAGCCAGAAAUAAUACUAUAAAAUACUAAUAUGAACACAAAAAACGUGUUUUGCUGCAAUUUACACUAUACACUGAAAACUACUUUAAUAUACAUUAUACACUGAAUACACUAACUUCCAGUUUGGGCCUCCGUACCUGUGGUGUCCUGCACAUUCUUUGGACUACUUUUUUUUGGAAUGUAAACAGCAUGGAUGUGACUUGAAAGACAUUGACAUAGUGUUAUCAACUUCAUGUUUGCUUGCGAUUGUGUGAUUAUUUGGACAAUAUCUCAACAAAUAUAUUGACAUGGACACUUGGACUUGUGAUAUUUUCAUAUUUUAAUUGAAAUUUUCUGGAAUUAAUAAAGAUAAAAUAGAUUUGUCAUGUUGGUAUCUAAUUUGGAGUGUCGGCCAUAUUGGAAUGUCCUUAACCGUCAUGUCAGCAUUCGUAAUUACAUCUGAUGAUGUCAUAAAUGUCAUUACAAAAACUUUUGUAUAAAAACUGUAUAAGUAUUCGAGUGUUUAAAUUGCAUUUGAUAGAGUUAUUUGUUUCCAUCUUGAAUCAUCAGCAUUUUACCCCGUAAACUAGUAACACGCGCAAUUACACAUAGCACUGCUGUUACUGAAACGGACCAUAAACCUUGUGUAAACAACUACGUUAGAGUCUAUCAGUUUUACGAUCACGCUACUGGUAUUAACUGUGUGUAGUUUGGGGAUUUUACAUUCUGCUAUUAGCUAUACGUGUCUGCUGUGGUACAGUAAUGGCGCGAGUAACCUGGACGAGAAAUUCUGAGUUUCUGUUAUCCUGUGUUGGAUAUGCCGUUGGUUUAGGAAACAUCUGGAGAUUUCCUUCACUUUGCUACAAGAACGGUGGAGGUGCAUUUCUCAUACCGUACCUGUUCUCAUUGGUCCUCGGAGCGGCGCCUGUAAUGAUUAUGGAAUUGGGAUUGGGACAAUAUAUGAGUCAAGGUGCUAUCGGAGUAUGGAAGAUAUGUCCCCUCUUCGAAGGUGUCGGGGUAGCUACCAUGGUGAUCCUGACCUACUACAACACCUACUACAUGCUAAUCUUGGCUUGGGGCGGGUACUACCUCGUCAUGAGUAUGCAGGCUGUGCUUCCCUGGACUCACUGCAAUAACGCGUGGAACACUGACAGGUGUUCUGUUUCAAAGGAGGCAGCAGUAGCCUCAUGCCUUAGCAGUUUGAAUGUAUCACAAGACAUGUACAAUGUGUCUAAAAGUCGGUGUCUAGAGGGAAACUCGACAAAUCAUCACCCUGUGGACCCCACCGUCGAAUUCUGGGAACGGCGUGUCAUCCAGAUGUCCGGCGGAAUAGAAGAGAGUGGUGGAGUUGUGUGGGAAAUCGCCCUCAGUUUACUGAUUGUAUGGAUUAUCAUAUACUUCUGUGUGUGGCGAGGUGUUAAGUGGAGCGGUAAGGUGGUGUACUUUACCGCUCUGUUUCCUUACGUGGUCCUAUUGUGUUUUUUGGUGAGGGGCCUUACGCUGGAUGGGGCUGUGGACGGGAUCCUCUAUUUUCUUAUCCCCGACUUCAAAAGGCUUGCUGAUGUACAGGUAUGGGUAGAUGGGGGAACUCAGAUCUUCUUCUCUCUUGCUGUUGCAUUCGGAGGAUUGAUGACACUCGGAAGCUAUAAAAAGUUCAACGACAACUUUUACAGAGACAGUAUCGUCAUCAUGUGUAUCAACAGUGGCACAAGUAUUCUAGGAGGAUUUGCUGUGUUCUCCGUUCUCGGGUUUAUGGCACGUAACCAAGGAGUUGACAUUUCAGAUAUAUCUAACUCAGGUACUGCACUUGCAUUCCUCACCUACCCGAAAGCCGUUUCCUUGAUGCCAGGAGCCAGCUUUUGGGCAGUACUGUUCUUCUUCAUGUUGUUCCUGGUUGGAAUGGAUAGCUUGUUCCUCGGAGUCGAAGUAGCCGUGACCAUGAUGGUUGACGCCCUCCCAGAGAGGUACCAGAAGAAAUGGAGUCGGAUGGUAUUGACUGCCGUAUACAGUUUUGCUCUUUUCCUAGUUGGGUUGUCUAUGACGACACGGGGAGGUAUUUACAUUUGGAUCCUGUUUGACAAUUUCUCUGCAAGUGGCAUGGUGCUGCUAUGGGUCUGCUUUUGGGAAUGCAUUGCAAUCGGAUGGGUUUUCGGUGCCGAUAGAUUUGAUGACAUCCUUUACAUGAUGCUGGGUUUUAAGGUCAACCGAUUGUUGUGGGUUUGUUUGAAGUUCAUCACUCCCCUACUCACUACGGUGUUAUUCAUCUCGCAACUGACGUCGUUACGACUGGAUAAUUUAGGAUCUUCGUAUUCAUACCCGCCACUCGCUCAAGCCUUUGGCCUAAUGUUGUCAUUGUCAUCAAUGGUGUGUGUUCCAGUCGUCAUGGUCUAUAAAUUAAUGGGUAUUUCUGGUUCUUUUUCUGAGCGACUGAAAAUACUGACAACUCCCAUUAUAGAAGAAAGUCGAAUACCUAGGACGUGGGAUUCGGAAACGUGCAGGGUUACAAAAGUUCCCAUGGACAAGAGAGAAGAGAAACAUCAAAUGCUAUAAAUAUAUCAUGUUAUAUUUUCACUUACUUAUACUAUAUUGCGAGACAGCGAGUUUGGUCUCACAAGGUGUGUAUGCAUAUUUUUGAAAAUUACAGAGUGAUAUUACAUAUGUUAACCCUUUCACCCCUAUGUAACUUGAGUAGACUCUACCAUACAUUGAUAUGGAUGAGUCCAUUAUGGUCUACAGUGGUGAAAGGGUUAAAGACCGGGGUCAGACUAUAAAUAGCAGCCACUCAGAAAACAUGGAGGAAAAUUCAAUUUUUUGGCCACAUUCACUUCAGAGAAGGUUUUUAUGAAAUAAUGAUUAUUUCCAUUUUAAUAUAUUUCCAAGUUUUUGUUUGGGUGUAGAUAACAGUGAUGUAAUUAUUUAUACCCAAUAUCAACUCUGAAAAAAAUGUGAUAACCGGUAUAAAUGGAAAUUAAAGUACAAGGCAGUACAAUUCUGGGCUAUUGAUUGACAGGUCUGGUGUGUUUACACCGGAAGUGCUAGUAGCAAUGUACACACGUGCUAACAAGCAAGCACUGCAAUAUAUAUGUGUUUACAUACCUCUCUUUCUGUAUAGUGUUGUAUACUUCAUCCAUAUCAGAAAUAAAUCCCAAUGCAAAUUAUUCUGAAUAGUACUAUUGUUGAAUUAAAAAUUGAACAAUAUUUGUAAUGGAACUAUUCCCACAUGUGACCCUUAUAAGAUACAUUGGGAGGAUUAGGAAACCAAAAUCUCACAAGUUCCAGUAUGCAUUUAGGCAUUAAAUCUCGUCUAUGGUAUACAUAUUUAGUCUUGCGUAAGUCAGUAGAAAGAGCUUGUUUUUUCCUUUCAGUAUAUCUGGGGUCCUUCCAUACUUUUCUGUGAAAAAGAUUGGUCCAAAAUCGCUUAUAUUUUUCUUUUCUAAGGGCAGAAUUUCGUUUAUGUUGCUCAACAUUUUCAGUUUCCCACCACAGCUGCUUGUUACUUUCAUUUGUUAUACACGGACGACACAGACAAUAUUCACACUCUUCCGCAUCAGACACCUGCUCUACAGUAAACUGUUCAACAUCAGUUCCAUUGUCAACAUCUGAAGAAAGAUUAUUUCCUGAUGAAGUCUCCACCUGAUCCUGAACAGGCACUUCAUUAUAUUCCCAAUCAUAAUGAUUGAACAGUUGAUAUAUGGUGUCCUUUUGUUCUUGUGUUACAACAAGAGCAAGGAUAGAUUUUGGGUCAUGUUGUUCCUGAUUAUCCAUUAUGAGUGAGGAGUAAUUCAGAAAUGCGCCAGUUUGGGUAUAUACGCGGGAAACCUGUGAGGAAAUGGGGCAAUAACCAGGAGCAUGUCAUAAAUGGUUACAUUAUAAUAACUUAGUACACAGUAUGAAUAAAACCAUUGGUGUUCUUAUUAAUAUAUAUAUAUAUUUUACUUUCAUUUAUAGAUGUUGUUAUAUUUAUCAGUAAACAGAAUAAACCAUUUAACAAACA